AUGCCCGAUAACGUGGUGAGUCGGUUUGUUAUACUUGGUAGGAGAUUAUUACACGUGGUACACAGCAUUGAGCCGCUUCGAAUGGCAUUGACGAAGACUAUGGAAGUCAAUGAUGUUGAAGACAGAGGUCGUCUUCUGCAGCAUUUCUGCACCUGGUAA